AUGUCGACUCAAUCGAUAGCAAUUAACAUCGACAAAGUCGAAGUAACCAUGGAGGAAGAAGAGACAACAGCUACAAACAAGGAGGAGAAACAGUUGAUUCGAAUUCAUGAUGAUUACAAGAAUCCUGGUGCUGUUGCUGAAUGGGAAGACUUUUUAAAGUCGGCUCACUACAGUGCAGUUCUUCCUGCAGGAUAUCUUGAAGUUCACAAACUACAAGAUGAUCCGAAAUUCUGCAUUCAAACUUUCCUCGACCCCUUGGAGAUGGAAGCUCGUUGCGCAACUCUCAUCACACAAUUCCAUGCUUUCAAGGGUAUUCCUCAGCAAACUCGAUUACGUGUCUCCGAUCUUGCUUAUUACAAUCUCGUACAUGACACUGCCGAGAUCGAAAUUUGGCGUGGAAUUCUCAACUUUCGUCAACCCGAUGCGACACACCUCAAAGCUGCUCCUCAAUCCCAGCAAAGCGGAGACAGCUGCAUGGAAGACCAUCUUGUUAGGGCAAGCUGGCAUCCGGUAUUUGGCCAAUUAGUCCGUCCUUUUCCUCGAGAGCCAAGUCUUAGGAGCUGGGGAUCGGAAGGUGAUCUUGCUGCUUUUCGCUGCGAGGGUACUUCUGCAAGACUCACUCGUGCACCCACUUUUGGUAGUAGCACUGCUUCAGACCGCGAAUGGGUCUCGAAUGUCCUGAAUAGUUACCUCAAUGUUUCGGACGAGUGGAUCGUUUACGAUGAGGCUGAUGCAUCUUCUGUCGGUCGUUCACAGAGCGUUAUUAGCAAUUGCUCUGCCCUUAUCAACCAUGAUCAUGAGUGCACCGCUCCCUCUAAUCUCUUUCCUGCUUCGCCCGUCAUUACCUUUGGUCCUGCUCCAGCUGUAACAGGUAUUGAGUAUACUGGCCCUAAUCCCUCGGCAACACUCAACCAACUUCUCAAUGACCAUGCAGAUGCACCUAUCGCCAGCGAGGAGGGAGACUUGGAGAGUGCUGGCCGUCGUAGAGUCGAGCGCCCCUACCUCAUCAUCUUCGUAAUCGUCAUGAUCUGCUUCGUUGCUGGCUCGAUUGCUGCUAUUAUUGGAGCAUUUGUUUUCGCUGCUAGAAGAGGUAUCCUCUAA